AUGGAGUUAAUUAGGAUAAUUAGAUAUCAAGAUGGUCAAACAUCGUUCAGAGUAGUAGUCAAAUCUCUUUCUUCUAAGGAGUUAGUCCGGAUUCAGGUUCCUAAACCGUUGGAUAGGAAUGAUGGAACAUUUUUGAUGAGGUAUAGACUAUAUGAUACUGUCAACGAAGGACUCAAGAUAGACGUCCUUUAUGGAGAUGAACAUGUGGCUCAAUCUCCCUAUAUUCUGAAAGGUCCCGUGUACCAUGAGUAUUGCAGGUGUCCAGAAGAUCCUGAGGCCUGGCAGGAAGUUCUUUCCUGUCCACUUGAGGAGCCGCAAAUUGCAGAAGAUUUUGCUUCAUUCCUUAGCAUCGAUCUCCAGCAGAUGUUACGUGAAGUCCCCAAAAGAUUUGGGGAAGAGAGGGGUGCUGUUGUUCACUACACAAUUCUCAAUAACCACAUUUACCGGCGAUCACUAGGGAAAUACACGGAUUUCAAAAUGUUCUCUGAUGAGAUCUUGCUCUCCCUCGCAAGAAAGGUCCUCCUGCCGGAUUUGGAAUUUUACAUUAAUCUUGGGGACUGGCCCUUGGAGCAUCGGAAGGUCAAGGAAACCCCUGGGCCUCUGGCUAUCAUUUCCUGGUGUGGUUCUCUGGAUUCCAGAGACAUUAUCCUUCCAACCUAUGACAUCACCCACUCCACCCUAGAAGCCAUGAGGGGUGUUACAAAUGAUCUCCUUUCCAUUCAAGGGCAUACAGGUAAGUGUUCUUCUCUAGGAAAACCAUGUAGGAGUAGUACAUAUUACAAGUACCAGGUGAACGUGGAUGGGACGGUGGCUGCAUACAGGUUCCCAUAUCUCAUGCUAGGAGACAGCCUGGUUCUGAAACAGGACUCGCCUUAUUAUGAACAUUUCUACACGGAACUACAGCCCUGGAAGCAUUAUGUUCCAGUGAAAAGAAAUCUCAGCGACUUACUAGAGAAAAUUCAGUGGGCCAAGGACAAUGAUGAAGAAGCAGAGAAGAUUGCAAGAGCAGGGCAGGCAGCUACCCGGGAACUGCUGCAGCCACACCGGCUUUACUGCUACUACUACAGCGUGCUGCAGAAAUAUGCAGAGCGCCAGUCCAGCCAACCUAAGAUCCGUGAUGGAAUGGAACUUGUUCCUCAGCCGGAUGACAACACAUCCAUCUGCCAGUGUCUCAGGAAAAGGUCCACAAGGGAAGAACUUUAACGCACCCCAGAUCCACUCUCCAGCUACACCUGUAAGGAACAACUUAAUAUAGAUGCUAAACUGUGGGAAGAAAAACAAAAAGUGUGGAAGAAUCUGGGUAUAAUAGCACACACUUGUAAUCCCGGCACCGGGAAGGCUGAGACAGGAGGAUCAUGAGUUGGAGUCCAGCCUGGGCUACAAAGAAUAAACCCUAUAUCAAGAAAACAACCAGGAGAGAGAAGAGAGAGUUCUCUUAGUAACUUUGCAUAUCAUGAAUGGAUAUAGCAGUAUUUGAGCAAGUAUUAUUCAGUAUACUUGGGUAUUAGUUUCUUUUGAGGAAAAACUGUUCUUAGCCAGCAUCAUGGUUUCUCUAAAGAAGAGUACCUGAGGCUUGUAGAAGAUAGGGAGGCAUGCCAAAAUGGAAACCAUCUUCUAUAAAUCUGUUGACAUCACUUUAUGGGUCAAUUUUUAUCUCCUGUUCACUUUCUCAUGCUUCCAAUUAGGAAGGGAAAGUAUCUGAUCAGGUCUUCUUUGUCUCCUCCUCACAGCACAAUUUCCAAUACUGGCAGCCUCCACUUAGAAGGCCUGAUGAGAAGAAUUAAAAAAACAAGAGUUAAACUGAACACUGGUGGCUCAUGCCUAUAA